ACUGGAAAGCAAAACAAGCGUCUUGGAAGUCAAAAAGCGGCGCUGAAUUUUUAAAAUAAUUUAAUUAAUUCCUUUAACUAAACUAAAAUAUGGCCAUUACAACUGCAGAAUCGUCUUACGAGAAACGUAUAAAGGCUUUGUUCGACAAACAGGUUCAAAUGGAAGCCCGUGAAGCGAGUGUCAUCAAGAAAGUAUUCAAAUUCAACAGCAAUUUAUUGGAUGUCAAGGAGGCUGUUGUUAAUCAUCAUCGAGAUGUGGAAAAAUUACAAAAAGUGGUAAUUCAACGUCGUGAGGAGAUGGAAAAGCGAGUUUCCUUCAUGGAGGAACUUGCCCAAGAAGUGGAGGCCACGAAACAGAGGAAUUUGGUUAUGAGAGAGCAAAUAAAACAACAAAAAAUGUUGGUCAGACAGCGCAAAAACGAAAUCAUGGAAAGCAUCCACACGCUGUCGAAGGCAACAGGGACCUAUAUUAAUCGCGAGGCGUUGCCGGCACGUGUGAAAGGUGUCACUGUACUGCAUGGCGAUAAUCGCGACGAGUUGAUACCCUUUGAUCUAAAGGCCACCGAUGUCGAAGGGUUGGACUCACUGUGUCAGCAUCUUCAUAGCUUAAAUAUCGAUGUAUCUCAGUGGCAACAGCUCGUCUCGCUGGCAACGGAAAUGUCUAUGGAAUCCCAUCCUGCUACACCGCCCAAGGACGCGGCCAAGUGCAAGUCCAUAAUUGAGAUUGAUCUCACCUCUCCGACGAUUCAGGCUUGACUUCCGAUUAGCUGAGACUGGUGAAGCCCCCCAUGGCCUUUAUAACACUUCCAAUCGGCAUUAUAAAUAGUUGGCGACAAAAUAAUAGCACACAGUUAAGAUUAAUUGCGAUUUAAGCUUAACGGUUUGGGCAUAUUAUCCGGAUUAGUGCAUUUAUUUUUAGCGUGCUAAGUACACAUUGUAAUUGUUUAAUAGCACUCACAAUUAUAUGAUUAUUUUCUACGCUAAGAAGCGUUAAGAAAGUUUUAAAUACAAUUUUUCUAGAUUAAAAUUGCAUUUAAAAUUUAUAUCAUCUAUCAUUUUAAUGCCCAUAUCUAUACAUGUAGUUGGUUUAUAUUAUCAUUCGAUUUGAUUGAUCGGAUUUUAAAUAUUACUGUCCACUUGAUUUGUAAAUGUGCUUUAUCCGCUUUCACAUAUACACUUUUUAAUUCUUAUCAUAUACAUAGUUAGUUCUUGAUAAAGUUAAAAACAUUAAAAAUAUCUUUUAGAUCUUA